AUGCCAGAGAGGGUGUAUGGGUUCCAGGGGCAGAGUUUCCACAAGCUGAAGAGGGCGUGUCUGCGGCGGGGCAAGCUCUUCCAGGACCCCCUCUUCCCCCCCUCUGCACUGUCACUCUUCUAUAAACGAGACCCACCCCCUGGACUCACAUGGAAGAGACCACGGGAGCUGUGUAAGGACCCUCGUCUCUUUGUGGAUGGCAUCAGCACGCGGGAUCUGCACCAAGGCAGUCUGGGUAACUGCUGGAUGGUGGCGGCCACUUCCUGUCUGGCCUCAGAACCUUCACUUUGGAAGAAGGUGAUUCCUGACCACGCGGAGCAGGAGUGGAACCCCAAGCGUCCCGACCUGUACGCCGGAAUCUUCCACUUCCGCUUCUGGCGGCUGGGGCGCUGGACAGACGUGGUGGUGGACGACCGCCUGCCAGUCAGUGAGGACGGAACGCUGCUCUUCUGCCGCUCAGCCACGCCACGGGAGUUCUGGAGCGCCCUGCUGGAGAAGGCCUACGCCAAGUUGAACGGCUGCUAUGAGGCGUUGGAAGGCGGUAACACGGCAGAGGCCCUGAUCGACUUCACAGGGGGUGUGUCAGAGCCCCUAAGCCUGGACAGGGAGGCCCUCACCCUGCACCUCAAUCAGAGGAGGGCACUGUUCCAGACCCUGGCCAAGGCUCAUGGACGCAGAGCCCUCAUCACCUGCUCUAUACGGCCAGCGGAGGGGGAGACAGUAGAGUCAGUACUAGACUGUGGUCUGGUGCGGGGCCAUGCCUACGGUAUCACCGCGGUGAGGAAAGUGCGCCUGGGGGAGUGGUCGCUGCUGGGUGGCUGUGGUGGUCGCCUCUGCAUGGUGCGCAUGAGAAACCCAUGGGGUACAGCCGACUGGACCGGGCCCUGGAGUCAGGGGUCUCAACAUUGGCAGCAGGUUGGUCGUGGUGAAAGGGAGAAGAUGGGCCUCAUAGUCAGAGAUGUGGGGGAGUUCUGGAUGGAGUUUGAGGACUUCUGCCGCUACUUCACAGACGUGGUGGUGUGUCGUCUGGUAGAACGAUCCCUGCUGUGGCCCAAAACUCACUGGAGAGAAGUACGCUGCCCUGGGGAGUGGGCUCCAGCCCCCAACACCCCCGGCACCCUCCUCUCCAGGCGCCAGGCACCCAACCUGGGGAAGAAUGCUGCCAAGCCUGAGGGGUUGAACCAGACUCAGAGAGGGGACCGGAAAGAGGCAAGACUGGGGGAGAGACAGAGGGGUGGAGGGGGAGGUCGAGCUGUUCGUGGUGGAGGGAGGGAAAAAAUGGUUGUUGCGAAAGAAGGGGAGAAGAAGACGAAGAGGAAGGAGGAGGGGGUGAAGAAGGAGGGAGAGGUGGAUGGAGGAUGGGAUGAACAGACUGAUAAGAAGAGUAGGUGUGGAGGAUGCAUCAACCACAAAGACACUUUUCUACACAACCCCCAGUUCAUGUUUGAGGUGCAGGGAAAGGAGGAUGAGGUGUUGAUCUGUCUGCAGCAGGAGGACAGGAGGAUAAAGAGGAAGGAUGGAGGAGGAGAGAAUCUGCCCAUCGGCUUCGAGGUGCUGAGGGUGGAGGUGAACCGGCUAAGCCGUGUGCAGUGUGUGGUGGAGCAGGCAGCGAGCUCUGUGUACAUGGACUCCCGUAGCGUGGCCCUGCGAGUGUCCCUGGGCCCCGGCCGCUACGCCCUCCUGCCCACCACCUUCCAGCCCGGGGCCACCGGACGCUUCCUGAUACGCCUCUUCUCACAUUCCCACCUCAGACUCAGUGAGUUGAGAGAGGAGUUGCCUGCUCCCUCACUGUGGCAGUGUUGUCUUCCCCAGCCCAGUAUAGUAACCACCGUCCACCUACGUCGAGCAUCUGGACUCAGCCAGCCUAAACAGACAGCACCAGAUGUGUAUGCGGUGAUCUGGUGUGAGGACGACACCAUAAGAACACGUGUGUUCAAGGAGGAUGGAAACCCAGAGUUCAACAUCAGGGCCAUUUUCUACAGGAGAAACCCAGACGCACAUAUUAGCAUUGAGUUGUGGCGCUAUGGUCUACUGUGGGACACACUACUGGGCGGGGCUCAGCUCCAGACUAGCGACAGUGAGAAGGGGCGGAGCCGAGUGAUUGACCUGCAGGGUGGCCAAUCACGGUCAGGAUCCAGGGGCUGUAUCUAUGUGGAAACCUCAUCCAGCGAAUGCCUAACAGACUUAUAACUGACAGCUGUGGCUUGUACCACCCAUGAUACAACCAUGCAAUCACUGAUUUUCUGGAAGAGGCCGCAGAUUUGGACGAAAAUGUAUCGGGUUCAGUAGCUUUAUCCAUUGGAACUACCAUAAAUAACAAAGACAAAUACCUCUUUGAAUUAACUUAAUAAUGCAUAUACACUGAACAAAAAUAUAAUUGCAACAUGUUUCAUGAGCUGAAAUAAAAGAUUCUAGAAAUGUUCCAUCUGCACAAAAAGCUAAUUUCUCUAAAAUGUUGUGCACAAAUGUCUUUACAUUGAUAUUAGUGAGCAUUUCUCCUUUGCCAAGAUAAUCCAUCCACCUGACAGGUGUGGCAUAUCAAGGUGCACCUUGUGCUGGGGACAAUAAAUGGCCACUCUAAAAUGUGCAAUUCUGUCACACAACACAAUGCCACAGAUGUCUCAAGUUGAGGGAGCGUGCAAUUGGCAUGUUGACUGGAGGAACAUCCACCAGAGCUGUUGCCAAAGAAUUGAAAGUUAAUUUCUUUACUUCCGACAUCGUUUUAGAGAAUUUGGCGGUACAUCCAAACGGUCUCACAACUUGUGUGGGCGAGUGGUUUGCUGAUGUCAAAAUUGUGGUACAGAGCGCCCCAUGGUGGUGGUGGGGUUAUGAUACGGGCAGGCAUAAGCUACGGACAAUGAACACAAUUGCAAUUUAUCGAUGGCAAUUUGAAUGCAAUAUCGUGACGAGAUCCUGAGGCCCAUUAUCAUGCCAUUCAUCUGCCGCCAUCACCUCAUGUUUCAGCAUGACAAUGCACGGCCCCACGGCGCAAGGAUCUGUACACAAUUCCUGGAAGCUGAAAAUGUCCUAGUUCUUUGAUGGCCUGCAUACUCACUAUGUCAUUCAGUGAGCAUAUUUGGGAUGCUCUGGAUCGAAGUGUUCCAGUUCCCGCCAAUAUACAGCAACUUCGCACAGGCUUUGAAGAGGAGUGGUACAACAUUCCACAGGCCACAAUCAACAAACCUGAUCAACUUUAUGCGAAGAAUAUGUGUCGCACUGCAUGAGGCAAAUGGUGGUCACACCAGAUACUGACUGGUUUUCAGAUCCACGCCCAUACCUUUUUUUAAACCUCUUAAGGAUUGGACCCUUUUUUCAAAUCUAGCCUAAAAUGACAUACCCAAAUCUGACUGCCUGUAGCUCUGAACCUGAAGCAAGGAUAUGCAUAUUCUUGAUACCACCUUUUUUUUAAGGUAUCUGUGACCAACAGAUGCAUAUCUCCAUUCCCAGGCAUGUGAAAUCCAUAGAUUAGGGCCUAAUGAAUUGAUUUCAAUUGACUGAUUUCCUUCUAUGAACUGUCACUCAGUCAAAUCUUUGAAACUGUUGCAUUUCUAUAUUUGUUCAGUGUAGUUAUGAGAACUCAGCACUCAGGGAAUAAUUUGGAACACACAAGCACAGUGAUCAGUUUGUUGUUCACCACUAGUGCAGUAGAGAUAAGUUAAUGUGUAAAAUACAUGCCCUGGUUUUACAUCUCUGCUGGUCAGACCUUGUAGGUCACAGCAUUAUCCUAAACAAAAUAAUCAAACUGUGAAACAUUAUUGGUUCUGGACAGUUACCAGCUGCCAAGGUUAUCUGAAGUUGUGUCCAUAAUACGUAAGUCGAAUCUCUUUUGCAGAC